AUGGAUCUUCUUAGACAUAGAAGGGCAACCCAAGAGGAGUUGAAUGAAGGGAUGAGACAAAUGAGAGAAGCGCAAGAUCGGUUUUCUAGGGAAAGAACUGAGGAAGCCAUAGAAGAUCAACAGAAUCCAGCCAAUCAAGGUCAGGAGAUUUUUGAAGAACCACAAAGCCCAAAAAAUGAGUCCCCUAGAGUAGAAGAGACUGCGAUAGAGGAUCAGAAAGUCCCCGCCGUUGAGGAUGUUUCCAAAGAAGCUGUAGAAGAAUCUCUAAAGGGUUCAGUUCAGAAAUCCCCCAAUCCUGCUGUUGCUCCGACCACUCCAGCUGUCCGAAGUGGAGCCAGUGGGAAAGGAAAGGGAAGUGAAAGCCAAGAAGUUCUGCAAACGCCUCAAGCUGUUCCAAAUGGAGGAGCUGGGAAUGAAGGUGACGCUCCGGCCGACAGGUCUGGCAGGGCAGAUUUAGGACCUGCACUGACUAGGUCCCAGCCCAGGUCACAGCCCAUGUUCACACCACUUUUCAGUGAGCAGCAAUUGAGACAGUUUGAGGAGCUUCACAAUAGGGCACCAUGGAUUUAUGGAACAGAUUUGGGAACAUCUAGACCUAAUUGGUUGGAGAUGGAAGACAGAAGGCUGCUUGCUCUUCAGGAAGAGCGAGAUCGUUUGCGUCUGGAGUCUGAGGCAAUCAGGUUUCGCCAAGAAGAGGAGCGACAGAACCUUUUGCUAAGGCUCAAAGUUUUGGAGGAAGAGAAUCGUUUGCUGAAGUCUGGGAACGCCAGGAGUUCCAUCUAUGGCACUCCUGAGGGUUCAAGGAAAGAUCGAAAGGACGCAGGAGAGCCAGAGAUCAGAAUGAUGAUGAAAGGCAUGAUGAAGCUCAUGGAGGGCAUGCAGGUGCUGCAAUCUCAGAUUGUGGACGCAAAGAAGUCAAAAGACAUGGAGAUCGUCAAGGGUGCAAUUCCAGAUUUGCCCCGUCUUUCAGAGUGGAAGGCUGAGACGGCGCCUUUGGAUCUUACUGACUGGCUUUUGACAAUUGAGCCAGCUAUGGGAGAUCUUUCUGACACCUCUCAGCAAUGGUGGGAACAGAUGCUGCAAUCCGCCCGAAGUUGGUACAUUCAGCACCAAGAGAAGACCCCCUUGGAGAAGGUAAAGCAUAAGCCGCAGGUUCCAGAAGACCUGCAACAUCCCAGGUACCAAAGACUCGAGAAGAGAGUCACUGCUCUUCUCAUGGCUGCCAUACCGCAGUCUCAGCAGGAAGAAGUGGUUGCUUCGAAGGAGGUGACUGCCAUCAACGUGUUGGCUCGGCUGAUGACGUGCUAUCAGCAUGGUGUCCUCAGCGAAAAAGGAGCCAUUUUGUCGGCUCUGGACUCUCCAGAGGAAGCUGCUGGACUUUCCCAGGCAGUUACAGGCCUUCGUCGGUGGCUUCGUUGGCAUCGACGAGCUGGCGAAAUAGGAGUCGUUCGACCUGACUCCACAAUUUUGGUGAAAGGUCUUGGCCGCUUGACAAAGAGGGUGUUGAGAGACAACCCAGAUCUUGCAUUUCGCAUUCAACUGGCAAAGUCGUCGCUGCAGAUCGACACAGCACCAUGCGAAGAUUCAGUGAUGACGUUUGCACAUCAUUUGCUUGCGGAAUUUGAACAGGUUGCACAUCAAGAUCGACGGAAGCGUGAAGACGCAAAGAAUGUUCAAGAAGCAAAGGCCAAAAGAUUUGAGGAGAAUGGAUCUGGAGGAAAAAGUGCAGAGGGCAAAGGAGGGAAGGGCGAGAAGACGUCUACUCCACCAUGCAAGUUUUUUCUUUCGGAUGGAGGAUGCAAGAAAGGAAAGAGUUGCAGCUGGUCCCAUGUCACCGACGAGAAGCGUCGAUGCUGGAUUUGUGGAUCAGUCGCACACCUAGCGCCAGCUUGCGAUAGGCCACGAGAAGCUUCGAAGGAAAAUGGAGAGAAGUAUGGAAAGGGAGCAGAAGGAAAGGGAAGCCAGAAGAUGGUUCAAAGACAAGAGAAGAAAGAAGAAGGAGCAGCAAGGACUGAGGAGCUUCCUCAGCCAGAAGCACCAUCUGAGGAGCCGUCUUCUACCUCAGCUGAGAUGAAAGGGCUUUUGGAAGAGGCAACGAAGAUGUUGAAAGGUUUGACUAUGCAGUCAAAUGAAAAGGAGCAGAAGGGCAGGCAAGAUCGUCUUGCGGCCAUGCAAGAUCAACUGGAUGAGCUUCGAAAAGUCAAGGUUUUGAAGAUUUCAAAGAUGGAAAGAGAAGGAACUGUCUAUGGACUUUUGGACAGUGGUGCAACUCAUCCAAUGCGAGCUGCACGACCAGGCGAAGAUUUGUCAAUGUGUGAAAACGUACGUGUGACCCUUGCGGAUGGUCACCAAGUGGAUAUGGUGAUGACACCGAAAGGAAUCAUGGUCAUCGAGGAUGGCAACGUGGAACCCAUUGUUCCUAUGUCAAUGCUAGCAGGAGAGCUAGGGUAUGUCAUCACGUGGAAAGAAGGGUCUAUGAAAGUGGAACAUCCAAAGAAGGGUGCUUUGAAGGUCGUCAUGCGGAACGGGUGUCCGCAGAUCCCAAAGAAGAAGGCACUUCAGCUGAUUCAGGAGUUAGAAGAAGGAAAGAGGAUGAAGAAAAUACAAGAGGAGGAAAGGAGUGCUGUGGAGAGGUGGCUUCAACAGUUGGUGAAGGCACAUCCAGUCUUGAGGGAGCUCCCACAGCACAUUCAGCAGAAGUUGGUGGUCAGCCCGGCAGAAGAUUUGUCGUCCAUUCCGGGAGAAUCAGAAGGAUACUCCUUGGCCAGAGCCUUCAAAGAAGUGGGUGGCGAUCCAAACCUUCUUGUGGAGAUAGACAUCAAGAGAGAUUCAGAAGAACGACAUGGAAGAUCACAUGACAUGCUGAGAGAUCAUGAUGGUCCAUAUCCAUCGCUUUUGCGAGCUGCGCUGGAUGGUGGACUGAAAGCCUUGGUGAUGGGCCCGAAUUGCCGAACACGGUCUGUGUUGCGGCACUACCCUCUUCCUGUUCCAGGGGGAGGACCAAGGCCAGUUCGGUCUUGGGAGGUGGUGUCUUUUUGGGGCACCAAGGAAUGGAAGAAACUGCAGAAUAUGUACCAGCUUCAGGAACAGACCUUCCGCCAGUCCAGUUUUGGAGGUCUUAUGAGGCAAGUUGCAGAGAGUCUUCAACAGGCAGUCAUGGCGAAGAAAGUGCGUUAUGCGAAGAUGAGCUGGGAGGGACACGACGUGGAAGGCGAGUCCAAGUUUAUGCUCAUCGGAACAUACACAUGGUUGAGACCGCCUGAUGACAACCCAGAGGAGGAAGUGGAGGAACAUCCCCCGAUUGAGGUUGCUGAAGGAGAAGAAGAACAGUGGCCAGAGAUAGAAGACGUAGAAGAUGAACGAGAAGAGAUUCAAGAGAGAGAAGAAGAACAACCUCGAAGAGAGGAUGAAGAAGAAGAUCAAGCCCCAAGACAAGAAGAGGAUGACGGGGGCAGGCCUAGAGAAGAGGCUCCACCUGUUCCGAAGAUCGAGGUUCUUCGGGCACAUGGUCACUGCAUUCUCCGUCAAGAUGGAAGAUGGGGAGUUGCCCCAUACGUCAUCAAGAACGUCCAAAGUCCGCCACCACCCACCGAAGAGAUGUGGCUGGCUUUGAUGGAGGAGGCAGAAAGAGACGAAGUUCAAGAAAGGAGAAGAGUGAGAGGAAAAAGGCCUCUCCACCGAGGUGAUGGUGAAGGUCUGUUGAGGUUGAGAUCUAUGCUGAAGGAAGAAGCCAAAGCAGUUGAGGAGGAGUGCCUCGAGAAUGCCAUGCUGGCGUUUCAAAGACUGGAACCUUGGAAGAAGUCCCUUCGCAAAGCAGAAGAGGAAGGAAGCGAGAUCCUUCAGACCAAGAUCAUCCGUCCCCAAGAGUUGGAACGAGAUGUCGAGCUCUGGGACGAGGCGAUUAAGGCAGAAAUGCACGCACUCAUAGAAGAAAAGGGUGCCUUGAGGAGCAUUAGUCGCCAAAAGAAAGAAGAGCUGCAGCAGCGUGGGAAGCAAUGCGGCAUCAGAUCCAACUGGCGACAUGCACCACGCUCUUAA